AUGGAGUCGUCGAGGUCGCGGAAGCGCACGCGUCAAGAGUUGGACAGCACCGGCGACCCGCCGCCGGAGCGGGAGGUGGUAAUGGUAGCAAGGGGUGGCGCGUCGCCGCCUUGGCGGGAUGACGACCGCGACGGCCAUUACGUGUUUGAUCUCGGCGAGAACUUGACCCGUCGGUAUAAAAUCUUGAGCAAAAUGGGUGAAGGUACUUUUGGCCGAGUUUUGGAAUGCUGGGACCGUGAAACACGUGAAUAUGUUGCAAUAAAAGUUGUCCGAAGCAUCCGGAAGUACCGGGAUGCUGCAAUGAUUGAGAUCGAUGUGCUCAAUCGCCUUGCAGAAAAUGAGAGAUACAGAUCCCUCUGUGUCCAAAUUCAAAGAUGGUUUGACUAUCGCAACCAUAUAUGCAUUGUAUUUGAGAAGCUUGGGCCAAGCUUGUAUGAUUUUCUAAAGAGAAAUAGAUACCAACCUUUCCCUGUGGAACUUGUGCGGGAGUUUGGACGACAACUGUUGGAAUCUGUAGCAUAUAUGCAUGAAUUACGCCUUAUUCACACUGAUCUGAAGCCAGAAAACAUACUCCUUGUAUCUUCCGAAUAUAUAAAGGUUCCAAGUUCCAAGAAGAAUUCACAAGAUGAGAUACACUUCAAGUGCUUGCCAAAGUCCAGUGCCAUAAAGCUGAUAGAUUUUGGUAGUACUGCCUUUGAUAAUCAGGAACAUAACUCGAUUGUUUCUACGAGGCAUUACAGGGCACCUGAAAUAAUCUUAGGCUUAGGCUGGAGUUUGCCAUGUGAUAUUUGGAGUGUUGGUUGCAUCCUCGUUGAGCUAUGCUCGGGGGAGGCAUUAUUUCAGACACAUGAGAACCUGGAACACCUAGCAAUGAUGGAGAGGGUUUUGGGACCCGUACCAGAGCACAUGAUACGGAAGGCUAGUUCAUCAGCUCAGAAAUAUUUUAGGCGAGGGACACGUCUAAAUUGGCCUGAAGGUGCUGUUACAAGAGAAAGCAUCAGAGCAGUCAGAAAACUACACCGGCUAAAGGACUUGGUCGCGAGAAAUGCUGACCAUUCAAAGGCAUCGCUGGCAGACUUGCUAUAUGGUCUUUUAAGGUUUGAGCCUUCAGAGCGCCUUACUGCCCAAGAAGCUCUAGAUCAUCCAUUCUUCCGAAUUCCAGGUCCAACAUGA